AUGCCGGGCUUCCACCGCUUCUCGACAGAUGCGGACUUUCUGAAAGGCUUGCCAGUUUACAACAAAAGCAACUUCAGCCGAUUCCAUGCGGAUUCUGUAUGUAAAGCAUCAAACAGAAGACCGUCAGUGUAUCUUCCCACACGGGAAUAUCCAUCCGAACAAAUCAUCGUGACAGAAAAAACGAACAUACUUUUGCGUUACCUACAUCAGCAGUGGGACAAAAAGAACGCAGCGAAAAAAAGAGACCCGGAGCAAGUGGAAAUAGAGGGUGAAAACUCUGCCCCGCCUUGCAAAAUCGCCCGGACAGACAGCCAAGACAUGACUGAGGACACUUAAAAGCUCUCGCUCUUCUUCUGCACUGAUGCAGGCGCUUCCUGUGUGGGUUUUUUUUUUUUUUUUGGUCUUUCACUGUGUAAAGAGAAAAAAGAAAAAAGGCAAAUGAAACAAUUCCACCUGCCCCCUCCCCUCCCUAUAGAGCCCCGAACCACUUUGGAUUUCUGAAGAACCAGUGUAUUUAUUUUUGUUUGUGUGUAUCGGAGGGGAAGGGAAGGGAAGGGAAAGGUCUCUUCUUCCAGUUUUGUAGUAUUAUUUAUGUUCUCUUCCCCCCCUCCCCGCCCCCACGCUCGCGGGGCAAGUCAGGAUAAAAUGAUGUUUAAACUGUGAUCAUUGCCUUUAAAAAAAAGAAACAAAUUCCACUUUUUGCAGCUUGUUCCAAGUCCAACUGACACAGUGCAGGAGCGGGGCGGGGAGCCCAAUUCUGGCCAGUUCCCCCCACCCCCCUCACUGCUCUCUGGGGCUGGGUCAACAUUUCCCUCUGUGCAAUUAGUAACAUGCGUUGAAAAUUUAAUUUUCUGUCAGGGGGGCUGAAAGCUCCUCUCAUUCAUGUUAUCUGCCCUCCAGCUCGAAUCGACCUUGUCCUGCAGCUAAUUGUGAGGGCCCACCUCUAAGGGCGGUCCGGUCAUCCAUUAUUACUUUCGACUUUGUUAAUAAUCGUUGCAUUCACCUCCUUUGGUCUUCUCUUCCCCCACUCCUCACCGGGGACUCUGUUUGCACGCCGGCCAUAUAACUCGGAGGAAAAGCACACCUCUGCUCUCUCUCGCUCUCUCUCUCUCUCUCUCUAGCACCACUCUUUGAACGGACCAGUUCUGUGCAACUUCUCCAGUAGAAUAAAAAAUGGGUAUUUCUCA